UGUGCAUGUUGGACUUCCACACUCGUUGGUCAUCGCAAUGCACAAGACGUGUCGUACUGCUCUCCAGUUACGUAAUAAUACUGAUGCAUAGUCAUGAUGGCCAUAAAAAACGCUCUUUUCCAUUGUACAGCACUCGUCAAGGGAGUAUAACUUUGGAGGUUAAGGUUGGUUUAGCCAGUCUUCACAAAGAGUAAAUCUCGGAUCGUCUGAUUUGUCAUGCGUUGGUCGUGGAUCGUGCAGGACGCUCUCUCAAGUCCAGUGAUUCAUUAAAGUCACAAAAUUCAUAUCAACAAAUUUUUUGGUCUCCACAUAUUUGAGUGUUCGCCAUGCCUGUUAUAAGUGACGCCCCACUAAAGCUAUUUUCAAGUGCUGAGGAGACUGCGGAGAAACCGGAACAAACACCAGUUAUUGGAACACUACCUUCAUGGAUUCAAGGCAGCUUCUUGCGCAUAGGGCCUGGAAAAUUUGAUUUCGGCCAUGAAUUUAAAAUGAAUCAUUGGUUAGACGGGUAUGCUCUUCUCCAGCGAUUUGAAAUCACUAAAGAUUUCGUCAAGUUUGAGAAGAAAUAUCUGCAGUCAGAUGCAUACAAGAGAAGUGUGGCUGCGGGACGACCAUUGAUCAAUGAGUUCGCCACAGUAGCUCAAAGAGAUCCCAACAAAGGAUUCUUUUCAAGAAUGGUCUCAACCUUGCUCCCAGAAUUUACUGAUAACAACUACUCGACUCUGUUUCACAUUUCUUCCGACAUUUUUGCAACUUGCGACACUUGUUUCUUCAGAAAGGUUGAUGGGAAAACCUUGGACAGUUGUGAAAAAUAUGAUGGAAACAAAUUGUUUGGCUUGAAUGGGCAAUCCGCGCAUCCAUUAUGCGAUAGUGCAACUGGCGAUAUGUACAACUCAGGAUUCUCGCUAUUUCCUUCUUCAAAAUACAGUAUCAUAAAAAUGAAAAAGGCCAACAGUUCAAAAGAAAUGCUCAAGAACGUGACCGUUCUAUGCACAAUUCCAUCGCGAUGGGUGGGAGCGCUAUCAAUCAAUCACAGCUUCGGAUUAACGCCGAACUAUUGCUGCUAUAUAGAGCAACCAUAUGUUGUCAGCGUUUCCAAAAUUGCGAGUUCCCUGGUUAAGGGUCACACUCUCAAAGACAUUUUGGAAUGGCGUCCUCAAGAAAAGAAUCGAUUUAUUAUUGUGGAAAAGUCAUCCGGAAAGGUUUUCAAGACGGAGUAUCUUUCAGCCCAAUCGUUCUAUUUUAUGCACAUUGUCAAUUGCUACGAAGACAAUAAUCAGAUUAUUGUGGACCUGAUUUCGUAUGAAUCACCAAACAUGCUAGACUCUUUAUUCCUCAAUAAGUUACGUGAUUGCGAAACGGACGUCAAUGUGGACUUGUCAUGCAUCCAGCGAUUCGUCAUCCCGAUAAUAUCAGACAUAAAAUUGAUUGAGGAAGGGGUGGAGUUGGUGCAAACCAAAUCUCGAUGCUCUGCGAUUCGUCGAGGGAAUAGAAUUAUUUUGGAAGGAUGUAACAUCACAGAGCGUGGAAUUGAAAUGCCCACAAUUUCAAGGUUAUUCCAAGGGGUCAAAUAUCGAUAUAUUUACGCUGCAGGGACAUUUAAUCGAAGUUGUUACUCACAUACUAUAACCAAGACUGAUUUACAAUCUGGGGAAACCACUGUGUGGAAGGAGGGGGAAUACCUAUAUCCAGGGGAACCAUAUUUCGUCCCAAACCCAAAUAAUGAAAGUGAAGAUGAUGGGAUUCUUAUUUCUGGCGUGACAGACUCGAGGGAAAAUCACGAGGACUAUCUUCUAUUUCUUGACGCUAAGACCAUGACAGAAAUUGCUCGAGCUACCUUCAAAAUUGAAAAUGUACCCUCUGCACUGCACGGACUAUUUUUACCAAAUUAGUCCAAACUUUUGUCUGUCAUCUUAUUUUAAUUGCUUACUCAUUGCAUACGUACUUUUGUGCAUAAAUUGUGUACGUAUGGAAAGUCCAAGUUUCAGUACCAUGCCGUGACAUGCAUUUCUUAUUAAUUAUUUUGGCUGAGCCAUGCAGGCGUAAAUAAUUAUAGUAGUAUAAAUAGCAAACGUAAUUGGAAUGCUUAUUGUUGCUCAUCUCUGGUGUAGGGGUAUCUUUUGUCGAAAGCAUUAGAAUUAACAUAUAUAGUAGGUUGCGCAACUCUCUUCUUCAUACAUUCCUUCAUAUAAAUAUGUAUGCACGAAGAAGUACAUGAUGUGAUGGUGAGAGGUCAUGCGUUAAACGUAAUGACCAAAAUGCAGCAGUUGUGCAUCUGUGGAUGUCAGACGCUAAAAAAACAGUCCCCCUGCACUCCUCAGUCCCCCCAACUCUGAACGAACAUUUGGUGCUUGGUGAUGAUGAUCUCCACAAAAAUAAUAAUAGGGGACCACAUCCACCUUCACCUUAAACAUCACUUUGUUUUUAACGCCAAUAUUGCAUCCAAAUAAACGCAUCGCUUCAAUUUGUUGUGACUCAUUGGGGAUUCAUUGUAUUUCUACUAAAGCGGUUUGUGUCAAUGCCAAACAAAUUAAUGUUUUCGUUCAUCUGGGUCAUUGCUUGGUAAGACAUAGGGGUUGAGCCUUUCUGCAUGUUCAGACAGGUGACCUUGAGCACAAUUUUAUUAAUUAUGUAUUAAAAUACUGAGGAUUAACAAUUGCUUCAACAAAAUGUAUUUUUAAUAGCGUUACAAUUGCAUUUAGUUUUUAAAUGGUUUGUUAAAUAAAUAAAUUUUUCAUCUCUGGUAAAAACUCUAUGCAAUUAUAUUUUUGUACAGUUUUAUUUACUAACAAACAUAGCAUAUCUAAUAUAUAAUGUAGCAAAUAUAUACCCAGGUACAAGGGCUACAUAAUUAAUUAAUACGCUAUUGUCUGAUAAAUAUUGCGUGACAAGUCAACUACGGAAUUAUGACUAGUACGUAUAAUUUGGGUGCCUGCACCUGUGUAAUGCAUAUUUUAUUAACAGUUAUCAUUUUUAUCUUGUCAUUUUAAGCUUAAACUCAUCAAUAAAUUUUCUCCUUAUAGA